AUGGCAGUCCCAGUGAGAGACUCCAAAACUCUUGGGGAGCCAAGAGUGCUACCUUGCCUGGGAGAAUCCCUGGUCCCAGCCCUACACCACAGGAGGGUGUCCAGACCAGCCGGGCACAGGCGUAGCUCCGUGGUAGCGAGUCUGCCUGGACUCAAGGUGUUCCCUGGAGACCUCCUGGUGUCAGACAGUGCCAUGGACUACCUGCCUCACGCCGCCCUCCUGCUAAGUGCAGAGUCCAAACAGUCAAGGUGGCCAUUUACCAAAAGCGGAGUUGGUAAAGACAAACAGAAUCAAGUAUCUGAUCUGGAAAACUGUCUUUCAACUGUUAAGAUCAUAGACUGCAGCACGUAUGAAUUUUUCUGCUUUAAGAGUAUAUCUUGGCAUGAAUUCAUAAAGGCGCAACAGACUGAGCAGAAAGAUCACGACAGCCGGUUCGAAGUGAAAAAAGAAGCAGCAGUGUGGGAACUUUUCACAAGCGAAUGCACUUACUUUCUGGAUCAUUUGCUGGUUCUCAAGAUGAUAUUUAUGAACACUCUAAAACACCUCCAAAGUAACAAACUUCUCCUGGAUGUGGAUUUACGGAGACUUUUUGCAAACUUAGAGGAGUUAAACAAGAUAAGUCUCAGUUUUCUGAAAACUUUUUUUGAAGCUGUGAAAGAGCACACCAGAAAGUCAAACUCUCCAAUGGAUUUCAGCUCCGUCCUCAGAAAGUUUUUCCAGGGUAACCUCUGCCAGACGCAUCAGAUUUAUUGCCUUAAUUAUACCUCCGCUGUCUUCUACUUGGAAAACCUGAGACAGAGAGAAGAUUUUGGCAUCUACCUGAAAUGGUGUGAACAAAACAAACAGUGCAAGAGGCUGCAUCUAACAGAGCUGCUGGUUGCUCCUUUGCAUCGACUGAUGCACUAUCCCCUCCUCCUCAACAACAUCUGGAAGAGAAGCACUGAUGAAACAGAGAAAGAUUUUAUCCAGUCACUUAAAAAGAAGGUGGAAAAGUCCAUACGGGAUCUGGAAGGUAAAGUCAAGUGGUUGGACAACUUUCAGAAGUUCAGGCAGCUGCAAGAGGUCAUAAUUUGUCCCCAGGUCUGGGAUCGUGACAAGAGAUUCUUUGUCCCAGAGAGUUUGAAGCAAACCCUAAGGGAAAACAGCAGUAAAAACAUUUUGUCUUCAAUGAACAGACUUCUCCUUCAUGAAGGAAGGCUAACACUAGCAGAAAGCACAAGACUCAUUGACGUCUACCUCUUCCUGUUCAAUGAUUUCCUAUUAAUUACCAAAAUUAAACGUAACAGAAAGAAAUACGGGGGCUCAGACACCAGUUUAAUGCCUGUCUGUCCUUCCCUCACUCCUGAGCUGCAGUCCUUCAUCAGAGAGGGUGGACUUUGCACUGUCCUAGACCAGCCCAUCCCACUAGACAGGCUGAUACUGAAAAACGUUGACCCCAUCCAUGUUACAGUCUUCAGCCUGCAAAAUGCUUUCCUAAUACAGCAUGAAAACAGGUACCACCAGUGCACAGCAGUCUUCUUGCUACAAGCUCAGACAGAGACUGCUAAGAAAACAUGGAUGUCACAGAUAGAAACGGCAAUGUCCAAUUACUCCAUGUAACAUGAAAUCAAGAAAAGCACUGCUUUCUGCCUCCCAGCUGAAUCCUCUGGAAUUCAAUAAUGUCAGCACAGCACCGACAGAGCCAGUGGAAGACUUGUGGUGAUAACACAGUUAUUUCUUCCAAGAUGCCUUAAGUUUCUGAAGCUAACAGAUUUGUGACUUGACUAGA